CUGAGUCUCUGGGUGCGGAUCCCGAGGAGCGCCGGGACCAGAGCGAAUCCGCAGGGGGUGCUGACCGCUUUGGCCCCCUGGUGCAGGUGAGCCAUCACGCAGCCCUCCCGCGCCCCAGCCUUCCAGCACCGCCCAGGCAAAAGCGUGGCGGUUGGACCAGAAAGGUUGCUUGAAUGGGGGGCGCCCUGCUGUGGAUGCUGUUGUUACCGCUGCUGCUGCAGGACCGUGGCAGCCAAGGGUUGUCAUGCGACUUGUCCUCAAGGGACGUGGACUGGACCACAGAGUUCACAGCCACAUGCCUGAAUUUCAGCGGCCAAGGCCUGAGGCUGCCCCGGAACCAGUCUCUGCAGGCUAGGAACGUGGUCCUUCUCGACCUGUCUGGAAACGGCCUUCAGGAGCUACCACUGCCCUUCUUCGCCCUCCUGGAAAAGCUGGAGGUCCUAGAUGUGACAAACAACUCGCUGGACCAAGUGGACAGGGAGCUGGCCUUACGCUGUGAACUUGACCUGAAGGCUGACUGCGGCUGUGUCCUAGAACCCUGGUACCGGGUCAGACGGGACAACUGCUCUGGCCAGCUGCCUCUGCUGUGCCAGGACACAGCUACGGGUGCCUGGCUCAACAUCUCUACCUUCCUGGAGGUUGGCUGUCCCCACGGCCUGUCGUUGAGGACCACUGGGGCGCUGGUGGCCAGUGGAAGCCUGCUCCUUGGACUCACCAUUGCUGGCCUAGUGCUGGCCCGGAAGCUCCGGGCACGCUGGACCGUCAGUAGCCAGGGCCUGGACAAAACAUCGGCUGCUCAGGAAGGUUCCAGGUCUGGCUUGGGCAAGCAGCCGAGGUACAGUAGCCGGGGCCUCAGCGCUAAGCCCCCAGAGGCUGUCCCGCGCAGACCCUCCACACCCGACUACGAGAAUGUGUUCGUGGGCCAGCCACCUGCCAGCCACCAGUGGGCCGAACAGGGGGCCCACCCAUCAGAGGACAGCGACUUCUACAUGAAUUAUGAGGGCCUUGACCAUGCCUCCCAGCCUGUCUAUUGUAACCUGCGGUCGCUGGGCCGAGCCCCACUGGACGAAGAGGAGUAUGUGAUCCCUGGGCGCUAAGUCUUUGAUGCCCUGAACUCCAGCCUGCUGCCUUCCAGCUGACUUAGAGCGCUCUGGCUCUCCCCUGGCCUCAGUUUUUCCCACCUGAGGAAUGGGGACGGAGAAGGACCGUCCCUGAAGCCUCAGGGAGGCUCUGUAGCCCCCACUCUGCUUCUCAUCUCCCGCAGCUGCUGGAAGAGGAAGAGGAGAGGCCCCGGCAUGGGGACAGGAGGGUCAGUUUGUGAACUCCAUCGUCACCCUCCUGUGAGGGUACUGGCGAGGCUCAAUAAACGCUGCAGGGCUGAC